AACGAGCCUCCUCUGUAUAAAGGCCGAGCGACUCCAAGCCGUCGUGACUCUGCUCUGCUGUGCUGUUUCCCCCGACCGGCCGUGACAUCAUGAAUCUGUGGCUCAGCUCUCACUUCCUGGUUGUGGGUUUGUUUGUCUGCAGCGCAGCACCGACACCUGAGGAAUGUUCACAGCUGGUCUCACCGCUGUCUGAGGACAUCGGCUCCAAGAUGUUAGGCAGCUGGAACGUUCUGGCUUGUUACACUCAAGGUGAAUUAUUCCACCACAUCCUGAAGAUCACAGAAAGCUCAAGGUUGACUAUCACAAACAGCAGCGAUGGUGGAGUUGAAUAUUCUGAGCACAACAAGAUGAAAGGACAAUGCUUCAGCUCGGUGGCUCACGUGAAGAUCGACGGUGACACGGCAACGGUGUCGAUGCUGAACAUCACGUCUGUGUUCCACGUGUUAUCGAGCAGUGACGACUUCCUGGUCUUCAACGUGAACAGCACCAUCGGGAACCUGGAUCAGACUCUGAACUUCAUGAACAUCAGCCUCUCUGGAGUCGAGGGGACCACGGCUCACUCUGUGUAUCUGAUGGGCCGGGAGACGAGGGUGAAGGACUCGGACCUGGAGCGUUUCAAGCGUCAGGCGAGCUGCCUGGGCUUCUCCAGAGAACCAGACUUUCACCACGACCAGAAGAAAGACUUCUGCACCGAGGCAGAAUCCGUCAAGUUGAUGUUCUGAAGUCGAAACUCAACGGUCGUCAAUAUUUCAGAUUGAGCAACAAGAAGUAAAGACACAAAUCCCUAAAAACAUCCAA